ACACGAGGCCCGCGCUCACGAGCCAGAGAAGAAGGGAGAGGAGAGGCUAACCACCGCGGCAGCUGCGACCUGCGACCGCGAGGAGUGGCGCACGACGACCAGCGCGGAGGAGGUGGAGCCGGCGGCGGGGAGAUUUGCUCGCCCGGCUGGGGUUGCGGUGGGAGGAGGGUAGGAGGCAGAGACAACCAGCGAUGGCGGCGUCCGCGAGGCCCGGGGAGAGGGCGACCAGCUUCGCCGUCGCGUGCAGCCUCCUCAGCCGCUUCGUCCGCCAGAACGGCGCCGCGCCCGCCCAGCUAGGCCUCGGGAUCAAAGGCGAGGUCGAGCAGCAAAGGACGCCGGCGACAAUUAACUUGCUCCCCGGAGCGGACGGCGAGGAGACCGAGAGGAGGAAGGAGACCAUGGAGCUUUUCCCGCAGAGCGCCGGGUUCGGUGUCAAGGAUGCCGCUGCUGCCCCUAGAGAGCAAGAAAAUAAAGAGAAGCCUAAACAGCUCACAAUCUUCUAUGGCGGGAAGGUGCUGGUGUUUGACGAUUUCCCUGCCGACAAGGCAAAGGACCUGAUGCAGCUGGCCAGCAAGGGCGGCCCUGUGGUACAGAACGUUGUUUUGCCUCAACCCUCUGCACCUGCUGCUGCUGUCACCGACAAGGCCGUGCCGGUCCCCGUCAUCAGCUUGCCUGCUGCUCAGGCUGAUGCUAAGAAGCCUACUCGCACAAAUGCCUCUGAUAUGCCAAUUAUGAGGAAGGCUUCUCUUCACCGCUUCCUUGAGAAGAGAAAGGACCGUCUCAAUGCAAAUGCACCAUACCAAACUUCUCCUUCAGACGCUGCACCAGUCAAGAAGGAGCCCGAGAGCCAGGCAUGGCUCGGAUUAGGACCGAAUGCCGUCAAGUCCAACCUGAACCUGAGCUAGCACACAACGACACAGCCAAAUAAGACGGCACAGCAAACCUCACCAAAGCCUUUGCAGGACGAUCUGAAAAUAUGCUUUGCCACUAGAGUACCGAAACCAUAAAUAUCCUCUCGUUAUCGUGUUUUAGUGUUCUGUUUAGGCCGUGGUCCUACGCCCUCUUGUCACAUAGUUCUGGAUGUAAAGAUAAGUAGCCAGCCAUGACCGAGAGAAGGUUUUUUUUGGGGGGUGUUAACACACGGCCACUCUGAAUUGGCCAUGCUAAGGAAAAUGAUAGUAGUGCAAAGAGAAGUAUAUGUCUUUUUCUUUUUCUGAAAGCCCAGAUCGUUUGGCUCUAGCCUUGAUGUAUGCAGAACAAGUGAUUGUAAUGGAUUCUGAG